AUCGAUCUCAUUCCUCAAACUGAUCUUCUAGGAUACUUCAUCACAUCACUUCCUCAUAAUCAACCAAGGAGAGAUUCACACACCACAAAGGUUCAUUUUGAUAUAAUCAUCAAUUCGGAAAUGGACAAAAUAGAAGCAAUCGGGAGCUCGCUUGCUCAGAUCUCACUCUAUGAUAUUAAAUCAUAUUACAAUCAAGCUAAAGCUGUUGUACUCAAUUAUACUGAAAUGGAAGCUAAAGUUAGAGAAGCUACUAAUGAUGAUCCAUGGGGUGCGAGUUCUACUGUCAUGCAGGAAAUUGCUCAAGGAACAUUCAAUUUUCAACAAUUUAACGAGAUCAUGCCAACGAUUUACAAACGAUUUACUGAAAAGGAAGCUCGUGAAUGGAGACAGAUUUACAAAGCCUUACAAUUACUUGAAUAUUUGAUUAAACAUGGUUCUGAACGAGUCAUUGAUGAUGCUCGAUCUCAUAUCUCGAUGAUCAAGGUGUUGAGAAGUUUUCAUUAUAUUGAUGAAAAAGCUAAGGAUCAGGGUAUCAAUGUCCGUAAUCGUGCUAAAGAGAUUGCAGAGUUAUUGUCUGAUUUGGAUCGAGUUCGUCAAGAAAGAAGAAAGGCUAAGGCUUCCCGUAACAAAUAUACAGGUGUAGGCAAUGAAGGCCCGUCUUUCACGAGUGCUACUGGCUCCAAGUACGGAGGAUUCGGUAGUGACACUGGUGGAUUUUCCGGUGGCGGCGGUGGCGGCGGUGAUGAUUGGAACAAUGGUGGCGGUAGCAGUAGCCGCGACAAUUAUAACGGUGGUAGCUCUUCUUUCAAACAAGCAGAUGAUUUUGAAGAAUAUGACGCCGGUGAAUGGGAAGACCGUCCGUCAGGUUCGAAUGCACAAAAAACCGUCUCUCCUCCUCCAAAGGGAAGAGGCAGUAUCAGUAACACUCGUGUAUCGAGUGUGACUAAGAAAGCUCAAGAAAAGGCCGCAGUACCGGCUCCUAAAGCUAAGGAAGUCGAUUUAUUUUCCUUUGAUGAUGAUGAGGAUCAAGCUCCUCCACUUCCAUCAGCUACCUCUUCUAAAGCUCCUACUUUGGGCGGGAACUCUUUGGCAGGAUUGGAUGACGACUUUGACGACUUUCAGUCUGCUCCACCAACGGUCUCUGGAGGCGCUUCUAUAGCACAAACCAGUUCAUCUCAGCCGGCUAGUAAGCCUGACGUCUUUGCGUUACUCAACGCUUCGUCCACACAAACUACUCAGCCUAUGUCACAACAACCUGUUAUGAAUAAUUUCUCGGCCUUUUCACCUACCUCGGGUCAAUCCAUGAUGUCACCACCAGCCGGCCAACCAAUGUCAAAUGCGGCAAUGAUGCAACCUAUGAUGGGUAACGGAAUGAUGGGCAACGGGAUGAUGGGUAACAAUCGAGCACCUAACAUGGGCUCAAUGAACCAAAGUAUGGCCAAUUUCGGCACACCUAUGACCUCGUCGGCCAAACCACCUCCAUCGGGGUCGACUGCAACUAAACCGACUAAUAGUGCCAAUUUCGAUGACUUAUUCUCAUUUGCUGGUAUGACCAGUGGAACGAGUGCUCAAGGAAACAAACCAGCGGCUUCUAAAGUUAGUAUGGCUACGAUGGCAAGAGAACAAAGUAGUGCAUCGAUUUGGGGUGGUCAAAAUGGUAAACCGAUGGGUUCAGUUGGUGGAGGAAUGAUGGGAACUCCUUUGAAUCAAAAUAGUAAUCAAUCUUCUAGCUUUGCUAACUCGACUUCUAAUUCUAAUAAUGAUGAUCUGUUACUUUGAUUAAAUUGAAUUACUUGAGUUGGGUUUGGAAAUAGAUUUGGAAUUUUUGGUAAGAGAUUGUAGAGAAGAGAUUUUCUUUCAUUUGUGUAGUCACAAGUUCGAUUGAUUGGGAUACUUUGAAGAUAAAUUAAUUAGAAAGGUUAAAGAAUCAUGUUUUAUUUAUAUAUAUAUAUUGUUCAAGCACAGAUGUUUUGCUGAAUCUAGCUUUCAUCUUUUUUUUUCUCUUUUCUUUUCUUUUCUCUGUUUUCUUUUCCUGAUUCUUAUAUAAUCUUGUUGAUAUAUUGAAAUUUUGUUUGACUUCUUUUUAAGAAAUUAUCAGAUUGUCAAUAUGGUUUAUUUUUCUUUACAAAACAACACAAAACAAAACAAAACAAAACUUUAAAGUUUAUUUGAAAAUUCCUUUUUACUUUCUCUGUCUAUAUCAUCA